GUCAAGCAUGAAGACAAUCAACCCCUGGGCCAAGUGCUGUAUACUAUGGGGAAUUCUGAAUGGUCCUGCCUGGGUAAUGUUCAACGUGCUCCCCAUGACUGUUUCCUCAAGCCCAUUAGGAAAAGAGUUUGUCACAGUGUUCAUGCAGAAUGGCUUGCAGCGUAGCUCCCAAGGAGAUUUCAAACUGUUAAUCACAGGCUACACUGCUGAUACAUCCAUUACUAUUUCCAUGAAGCGGCCUGCCUUGAGGGUCAGGGUCAAGGCGAAUGCUGGCGAAACACUCUCAGUAAAAAUCCCAUCGGAGGCGGAGAUGUCUGGGAGCAGUAUCUUUGACCACACCCUCACUGUUCGGGCUGACAAGGAUAUCUCCAUCCUAUCUCUUAGCUACAAACCCAACACGGCUGACACCAGCGUUGUCUACCCUGUGGCAAGCUUAGGUACUGAGUAUUAUGUCAUCACCCCAAAUGUGGGCACCGAUAACUACAGAGAGGUCGCCAUCAUAUCCUGGGAAGAACCCACAACAGUUGAUAUCUACCUGAAAGGGACCAUUACGUUCCAAGGCAAAGUCUAUCACCGAGGAGACCAGAUGACCAUCACCCUUCAACCUUAUCAAGCUGUCCAGCUACAAAGCCCCGUGGACCUCUCUGGUACGAAAAUCGUCUCCCAGAAACCAGUGGCUGUCUACAGUGGACACACGUGUGUCUCUAGGCAAAUCCGGUGUGACCAUGUUUUUGAACAGCUUUUGCCUGUUUCCAGCUGGGGCACCCAUUUCAUCAUCCCCUCUUUACCUUUCAAUAUGGACUACGACAUAGUGUAUGUUUCCACUUCCCAAAGGACUCAGGUUGAUUCCCAGACUGGACAAAGCAAAACCAGGCGGGAUUUGCAACCUUCCCGAGUGGUGCUGUAUGGCAUUCAAGGCACAAGCGCCAUGUUCCUCUCAGCUAGUUCUGGUAUCCAGGUAAUGUUCUUCAAUGAUGGUGGCACACAUGGAAACCUCAGAUAUGACCCCUUUUUCAUGACUAUCCCUGAUAUCUCUAGCUACUGUCAAGCCUACUUCAUCUAUGGGCACGACCAUUUUGAGAACUAUGCAUUGAUCAUUGCCAAAUCUUCAGAGACGUCUGGGAUAAACUUGGAUCAGACACCACUGCAUGGUCUCCAGUGGCAUCAGGUUGCUGGCACGGAAUACUCCUGGGCUUCCCACAGCUUAGGCCAAGGAAAUACUGUUCACACAAUAGAACAUCCCACUUCCCGCUUUGGGCUGCUGAGUGUUGGAAUUGGAAAUGAGAAAGCUUAUGGCUCACCUGCUGUUUGCGCAAAUGACCAUACCUGCCCUGACAACAGCCACUAUGAGGCCUGUGGAACUGCCUGCCCAGCUACCUGCUCUGAUCAAUCAGCUCCUUCCACCUGCAAAAAGCCCUGUGUGAAAUCUUGUCAAUGUAAUGAUGGUUAUGUCUUCAAUGACAAGCAAUGCAUCCCUUCCAGCAACUGUGUCUGCAUCUACAAAGGCCUCCGUUACAAACCAGGGGAGGAGUUCUGGGAUGAUGAGAACUGCCAGUCCCGUUGCAAAUGUGACCCCAGUCUGGGCAGCGUGAAUUGUUGGAAAGCCAGCUGCAAAGCCAGUGAGAAAUGUGCCAUGGUGAACGGUGUGCGCCGUUGCAAGGGAACGACCUACUCCACUUGCAUUGGGACCGGAGACCCUCACUACACCACCUUUGAUGGAAGGAAGUACGAUUUCCAAGGAACCUGCAUUUAUCAGAUGGCAGGGGUCUGCUCCGAGGACCCCACCCUCACCCCAUUUUUGGUCACGGUACAGAACAACAACCGAGGCAGUAAGGCGGUGUCCUUCACCAAGGUGGUGACCCUGGAAGUCUACAACAUGAUCAUCAGCCUGAGCAUGGAGCAUCCACGCAAGAUUCAGGUCAAUGGAGUCUUUGUGGAUCUGCCAUUCUCCUAUGAAAAUAAACUGAAGAUCUACAUCAGUGGAGUCCAUGGCUUUAUCAAGACAGACUUUGACCUGAGAGUCAGCUUUGACUGGUACAGCUAUGCCAGGGUCAUUAUUCCGGAAUCUUAUGCCAAUGCUAUCUGUGGACUCUGUGGCAACGCCAAUCGGGAUCCCAGUGAUGACUUUAUCAAGAAGGAUGGAACUGAGACAACCGAUGAAGUCCAAUUUGCAGAUAGCUGGAAGCUGAAGGAAGUCCCAGGGUGCUCAGCAGGAUGUACUACUGACUGUCCAGUAUGCAAGGAGGCAAAGAAAGAAACCUACAAAGGGGACCAGUUUUGUGGGGUCCUCAUCAGAAAACAUGGGCCAUUCAAGCAGUGCCAUGAGGCUGUUGACCCAACCCCCUAUUUCGAUGACUGUGUCUUUGAUACCUGCCAAUACAAGGGCCACCACGACACUCUCUGUGGUGCCAUUAGUGCCUAUGUGACCGCCUGCCAAACUCAGGCCAUCCAAAUUGGGAAAUGGAGAUCCUCCUCCUUCUGCAGCACUCCCUGCCCACGUAAUUCCCACUACGAACUCUGCGGAAAUGGCUGCCCUGCUGUGUGUCACAAUCUCUCACCUCCAGAACCAUGUGACACUCCAUGUGUAGAAGGCUGCUUUUGUGACUCUGGAUUCAUCCUCAGUGGAGAUCAAUGUGUCCCUCUCACCGAGUGUGGCUGUGUGCACCAGGGCAGAUAUUACAAGAAGGAAGAGGAAUUCUAUCCCACCACUACUUGCCAGGAAAAGUGCCAGUGCAUGGACAAUGAAACCAUUGAGUGCCAAACAUUCUCCUGUGGAGCUCAUGCUGUGUGCAGGGUGGAGAAUGGUGUGCAAGGCUGCCACCCUGUGGGAUAUGGAACAACUACAGUGUCGGGUGACCCCCAUCAUAUUUCCUUUGAUGGACAAAGAUUCGAUUUCCAUGGCUCUUGCACUAAUACCUUAGCCAAAGUCUGCAGUGAGGAUCCUCGGUUGGUGAAGUUUUCUGUGUUGGUGGAAAAUGAGUACCGUGAGGAUGGGCGUUUACCUACAAUCCGAAAAGUUGUGGUCUCGGUUCAUGAAUAUUCUGUUGCCCUCGAAAGGGGAAUGAAGUGGAAGGCUAUGGUGGAUGGAGAACAUUAUACUUUGCCAACAAAUACAGAUGAUGGGAAACUCUGGAUCACUCAAGAGGGGAACAAUAUCAUCGUCCAUUCAUCCCUUGGCCUCACAGUCCUCUAUGAUACUUCCUCAUUCAUCCGUGUGUCUGUCCCCAGCACCUACCAGGGACAUAUGUGUGGCCUUGGUGGCAACUUCAAUGGUGAUAAGAGUGAUGACUUCAUGCUACCUGAUGGAAAACUCACUCAAAACGUGAAUGAGUUUGGGACCUCCUGGGAAGUCCCUACGGACGGUGUUGUUUGCUCCAAUGGCUGUGGUGAGAAAUGCCCCAUCUGUGAUUCAGCCCAGACUCUGCCAUACAAAGCCGAGAGCUCUUGUGGAAUGAUCCAGUCCAAAUCAGGCCCAUUCAAAGAUUGUCACCAAUCAGUGAACCCUGCUGAAUACUUGAGACAUUGUCUGCAUGACAUGUGUGCAGCCAACGGAGCAAGAGAAACGCUUUGUCAUAGCCUUCAAGCUUAUGCAACUGCCUGCCAACUGGCUGGAGCCAAGACCGGGGCUUGGAGAACAACCUCCUUCUGUCCCCUCUCCUGCCCAACUAACAGCCAUUACGAGCUGUGCACCCGGACCUGCGAUUUUACAUGUGCUGCCUUAUCUGCUCCAUCUCAGUGCACGGAAGACUGCUUUGAAGGCUGCCAGUGCAACCAUGGCUACAUGUUUGAUGGAGAAGAAUGUGUGACCAUGGACAAGUGUGGCUGUGCUUACAAUGGACGCUACAUCAAGGCUGGAGAAAGCAUCGUCUCCAAUGACUGCUCAGAGAGAUGCACGUGUAACCCCUCAGGCCAGCUCGCCUGUCAGGAUACCAGCUGUGCUGUGGGAGAGACCUGUGCACUCACAGGCAAGGUGCGUGGCUGCCAAAGGCAGGAAGGGCAAUGCACGCUCAUCCCAGGAGCAUGGUUCACCUCCUUUGAUGGUGCCGAAGGGAAGCUCCUUUCUAGUGGUGUCUACAAAAUUGCCUCCUACUGCGAUGAGGACUCACCCUCAUGGUUUAAGGUGGUGGUGGAUGUCAGCGAAUGCAACGAGGAUGCUGUGCCAGUUGGGACAGCAGUAUAUGUCUUCUUCCGGGAAGCAUUCAUCACAGUGACCAACUACAAGGAGACUUGGCUCAACGGACUCUUGGUCGAGCUCCCAUUGAAUGUCUCCAAAGCCGUGUCCAUUACUGAGUCUCAGGACAUCAUUGUCAUCGAUCAAAAUUCCCAGUUGCAGGUUCUCUUCAGUCCCAAUGGCAAAGUGACAGUGAAAGCCACAGACAGGCUGGCUGGAAAGAUGUGUGCCCCUUGUGGGAACUUCAACAAUGACAUCUCAGAUGACCUAAGGCUGCCUGGAGGUCAGAUUGCAAGCAACAUUGCCGAGAUUGUUGAUGCCUGGAAGGCCAGGGACUUCAUAGGGUGUUAGUGACACCUGGAAGACCAGAUGCUACUUAAACUGCUACAUCUGGAAAUCCAAGAUGGAAUCAUGCACUGGACCACACAAGUACCUUCAAAUGCUGCCAUCGGUAAAUGAGUAAACAAAAACCAGUCUGCAACUGGGAGCAUCAGAAUGCAUUGCUUCAAUUGCCAAGAAUGGAACUUCCAUAUUGAGAGGGAGUAUACCUCUGGUUAGCAGAUGCUGAAGGCAAACAAUUGCAGGCAUGUCAAUCACCUUCAUUGCCUGGCUUGUGAGCUUCCCAUAGGCAUCUGGCUGGUCACUGUGAAAGUCAAUGUACUCAACUACAUGGGGGUUUGGUCUGAUCCAGAAAUAGGAUGGACUUAAUCUUUGGCAUCUCCAAAUGGCUUCUGAGUUGUGAUGGGAGUUUAGCUUGUAGUCCCUUGGUGGAUUGUGAGUUGCAGCACAUGCAGAAAUAAAAAUGUA